GAGAGGGAGGAUGUUCCACUGGACGUGACCAACGGGGAGCCAGGCUGUCAGUACUAUGAGCAGCUCUGCUACAACAACCUGUGGCUGAAAGUAGGAGACUGUGUUUACAUCGGUUCUCAUGGACUAGUGCGCCACCGUGUGGGCAGAAUUGAGAAAAUGUGGAUGCGAGAUGGAGCAGGCUAUUUCUUUGGCCCCAUUUUUAUCCAUCCUGAGGAGACAGAGCAUGAACCCACUAAGAUGUUCUACAAGAAAGAAGUGUUCCUCAGCAACCUGGAYGAGACUUGCCCCAUGACCUGCAUCUUAGGAAAGUGCGUUGUGGCCUCCUUCAAAGAAUAUUUGUCGUGUCGGCCCACUGAAGUGCCUGAAACAAAUGUCCUUCUUUGUGAGAGUCGCUACAUAGAGAGUGAAAAGCAGAUGAAGAAGUUCAAGGGUCUUAAGCGAUUUUCACUCUCGGGGAAGGUGGUCGAGGAUGAAAUCUACUACUUUAGAAAACUCAUCGUUCCCCAGAAAGAACCAUCGCCACUACUUGACAAGAAAAUCGAGGAGCUCGAAGCCAAGUUUGCUGACAUGACAGACGAAGAGCUGGAGGAUCUUGGGGACGAUGACGGCGACCUGAGAGAUCAUUCUCUUCCUCAGAUGCAGUCGUCCAUGUCUAGUGACAUGGAUAUUAUGCCUUACACCCCUCCGCAGUCAACCCCUAAGUCAUUAAAGGGGCUUUCAAAGAAGGAAAGAGCAACAAGGAAGAUCAACAUGAGCGGUUACAUCCUGUUCAGCAGUGAGAUGCGAGCCGUCAUCAAAGCCCAGCACCCGGAUUUCUCUUUUGGAGACCUGAGCCGUCUUGUUGGCACAGAGUGGAGGAACCUGGACAGUUCCAGGAAGGCAGAGUAUGAAGAGCGAGCAGCCAAGGUAGCCGAGCAGCAGGAGCGUGACAGGGCCCACCAUCACACAUCCCCGAGAGCAGGUACCCCAGUAGGGGCGCUGAUGGGGGUGGUGCCUCCCCCAACCCCCAUGGGGAUGCUAAAUCCCAGCAUGACACCUGUGUCAGGUAACCCCUGGUAGAUGCAGAUGGAUCCCCAGUGUGCAUAAGAACGCUGGAACGAGAAGCUGAACUGCUAAAGUUCCUCACAUUUUCCACGUCYGCUCGUUUUAUUGUUGCCGCAUCAUUCUGUACUUUAAUAUGUCCUCUAACAUGUCGCUUCUUUUAAAAACCCAAGUGAUGRCGUCGUGUUUCAACCCUUGCACUGCAGUAAAAUCUGAAGAGUAAAGUUUUUUAUAGUGGGUUGUAAAAUGCUGCUGUGCAUCGCUUGAGUGUUUGAGCUAAUAUUUAACUUGUGUUCUGAUUCGGUUUCUUGUCCAUCAAAUAGUUUUUACUGAUCAUUUUUAAUUUGUGUGGCUUUAAUUUCCUUUUAAUCCCCAUUGCUAUCAUGUAGUCAUGAAAUUGCAAUUAACUGCUUGCGCCAUCUUAAUGCAUGCUUGMUAGUGAUGAAUGUUUGACUGAUGCAUGUUAUUGUUUUGUGUUACUGCUGUCCUUUCCAAAGAAUGUUUGAUGGGUGCAUGUAGGACAGCUAUGAUGCACCCGCAGGGCCAUGUUGAAGGCAUGAUUAGUACGGUUGGCAUGCCACCACAUCCCACGGGGGUGCCUGCCUUUCCCCAACACCUCCUGCCCGUUAUGCUUGGGCUCCGUGGAAUGCCAUCCUUUGGUGUUAAUGGAAUGGGAAGUGGUGCUGCAGCAGGGAGCAUCCUUGGAUCCCAGUUGGGUUUGACGGGCUCAGACCAGCAGGCUCCACCACCGUACCCAGGACACGGCCAAGCUGCGCUUCAUCAYCCCUCCACGCCAUUGUUUGUGUCUCCUCCAGCCACAUCUCAGCGGCUGCUGCACUCGGAGGCUUACCUCAGAUACAUCGAGGGCCUCACCGCAGAAUCUUCUACAGUCAGCAAAUGGGACCAAGCUCUCACAGUUCAAAAACAAGAUGUGCGCCUAACUAAAGAGCAAGAAAGCAGGCUACCAUCCCAUUGGCUGAAGAGCAAAGGGGCCCACAAAWCCAUGGCAGAUGCACUUUGGAGGCUCCGUGACCUGAUGCUGCGAGACAGCCUGAACAUCCGUCAGAUGUACAACCUGUAGCAUGUUGAUGUCACGAGCCUCUGUUACCAAUCCUGUGCAACAGGAACAGGUUUAAGCUCACUAAAAGUCUUCAGUUUGUUGUCAGUGUAAAAGAAAUAUGAAAUAUUUGUGUUCAUUUAUGACGCUUUCUGUGUUGAAGCAGUUUUUUUUGUUAGGUUUUUUACAUUUCAUAUCUUUUGUUCAGUGCAAUAUUUGAUUGUUCAUCUGUGAUGAAAGCUUUCAUAGGUUCACAAUAAAAAAAUGUGAUAAAUGUAGUUUGGCUGGGAUUUAUAAA